CUGGGGCUGGUAGUGACAGGGGUAGGUUGUUACAGUGGCAACGGUGGCGAAACAGAGAACGCUAUACUGACGUCAGAAAGAGACAAAUACUCCCGCCGCGACCGGCUACUACACCGCAAGAGCCAGUGGCGCUAACGUGUUUAUGUGAGGAGCACGCGCGUGCUGCCAUUAAAAUCGCAGGAUGAGGACGUAUAAAAGAAAAUCUGAGCGUGGCAACAUAUCUAAAGAUGUAUACGAACAAGCAGCAGUUAUUUUAGAGGAGGAUAAAACUAAAAAGUUCGCGGCGUUGCAAAGACUUUGGAUUGUGCCAUAUGUCACUAACAAGAUUUUUAAAGAAAAGAAAAGAAGCAAAGAAAAAGGUACACCUUUGGAAUCUGUCACAAUGGGGUAUAAGAAAAAUAGACAAGUUUUCAACGAUAAACAAGAGGCCGUUUUGGUGAGUUAUUUAAUUAAAUGCAGCCAGAUUUACUACGGAUUGACGCCAAAGGAUGUCAGGCAACUGGCAUUUGAAUGUGCACUUAAGCACAACUUUGUAACGCCUCAAUCGUGGCUUGAUAAUAAGGAAGCAGGAGUUGAUUGGCUGACAGCAUUUCUUAAACGUAAUCCGUCGUUAUCCAUAAGAUCACCAGAGGCUACUAGCUUGAGCAGAGCCACAUCAUUUAACAAAACGAAUAUUGAUAAUUUCUUUUCUAAACUGGCCGAUGUGUUGGACAGAUACAAAUUUCCUUCGUCACGAAUAUGGAAUGUUGACGAGACAGGUGUGACGACUGUACUGAAACCCAGAAAAAUUUUGGCUCCAAAAGGGUCUAAACAAGUUGCUUCCAUUACAUCGGCAGAGCGAGGAACACUCGUGACUGUCUGCGUAGCAGUUAAUGCAGUUGGCAACUCGGUGCCAUGUAUGUUCGUCUUCCCACGAAUUAAAUAUAGGGACUAUUUUGUUCGCGAUGGACCUCCAGGUUGUAUUGGCGCAGGAAACUCAAGCGGCUGGAUGACAGGGCUGGAAUUCCGAGUUUUUAUGAAACAUUUCAUAGGUAAUGUGAAACCUUCCGCAACCGACCCUGUGCUCUUAUUAUUGGACAACCACACUUCACACUUGGACAUUGAGGUUGUCGAAACAGCUAAAGAAAACAAUGUGGUGUUGCUGUCCUUCCCACCACAUUGUUCACAUAAGCUCCAACCUCUGGACGUGGGAGUCUACGGACCGUUCAAAAUUACUGUGCCAGUCAACAAGAUGCUUGGCUGAGAAACAAUCCUGGCAAGACAAUGUCUAUUCACGAUAUUCCAUCGAUAGUGAAUAAAGCUUUACCAUCGGCAUUGAAUCCAGCGAACAUUAUCAAUGGAUUUAAAAGACUGGUAUUGCGCCAUUUAAUAAAGAUGUUUUUCAGGAUGAUGACUUCUUGUCUGCUUUUGUGACGGAUAGACCAAUCCUCGGACAUUCCGAUGAUACACCAAUAGACGAAAUGACUAACUCAAACAUCGAAAAUAUCCCUCAUACCACAACACUGAACACAGAGGUUGAAAUUUCACCUCCACC